ACAUAACCAUGAUACAUGAAAUAAUCAUCACUGCUUUCCUAUUUCUUAUGUUUUGCGCUAUUAGCGAGCAAAACAAUAUAGAAAUACUCAAACAAUGUGGAAACGUACCUGAAAAUUGCGAUGAUUUUAAAGAAAAUUGUGAUGAAGAUACAAAAUUCCGUUGCUGCAGAUAUUGUGAACUAAUGCAAAUGAAGUUUGAAGAUGAAGCAAUUAAUUGUUGCAUGAAAUUCAAAGACGAUUUUCAAAAGAGAGCACCGACUUGCUGCUUAAAAUUAACAUUUCAGAUAGAGCAAGAUUGCGCGGAUAUGGAAGCGGAUGGGAUUUUAAACAAAGCUACUGAUGAUGAUUCCGAUCGAGUUGUUCAGCCAGACUGGAACAAGAUACCAGAAAAACAUGAAAAUGAAGACGAUUGCAAAAAUACAGCAAAACUUCUUAAGGAUGACAUUGUAAAGAAAUGCGAAGGUGUUGAAGAUGGUCUCAAGAAAGAUUUCUGUUGCUGGAUAAAACAGUAAAAUGUAUUGAUAAACUGCAUAUAUAUGCUGAAAUUGUAU